GUUAGCCAGCGUCAGAGCUAGCCAACUAAACAAGGUCCCACUUUAUUUACCACUUCUAUUUCGGCCUGUUGCCUCUUUAUUUUUCUUUCUCUUUCUCAGUGAGUUAAAACAACUCCUCCACCACCUCUAAAAAUCAUGGACGAGACGAGUCCGCUCGUCUCUCCGCUCCGGGACUCCGGUGAGUUCAACUACUGUCCCACAGAGCCCACAAGCCCCCGGGGCUCGUUUGGGAGCACGCCGGGCUCGGUGGUGCGCAUCCCGGCAGGCAGUCCGGGGCGCAGCCGGGAGCGACAGCCGCUUCUGGACCGGGACCGCGGGAGCUCGCUGCGGGAGCCGCACAGGAACGAGUUCCCGGAGGAUCCCGAGUUCAGAGAUAUCAUCCGAAAGGCUGAGCGAGCCAUAGAGGAGGGGAUCUACCCGGAGAGGAUCUACCAAGGAUCCAGUGGAAGCUAUUUUGUUAAAGACUCACAGGGGAAAGUCAUCGGCGUGUUCAAACCUAAGAAUGAAGAGCCCUAUGGCCAGCUGAACCCCAAGUGGACGAAGUGGCUCCAGAAGCUCUGCUGUCCCUGCUGCUUCGGCCGCGACUGUUUGGUCCUGAACCAGGGUUACCUGUCGGAGGCCGGAGCCAGCCUGGUCGACCAGAAACUGGAGCUCAACAUCGUUCCCAGGACCAAAGUGGUGUACCUGGCUAGCGAAACAUUCAACUACAGUGCCAUAGACCGGGUGAAGUCUCGAGGAAAGAGGCUCGCCCUGGAGAAGGUGCCGAAAGUGGGCCAGCGUUUCCACAGGAUUGGUCUGCCACCCAAGAGAACGCGUGCGCCCGCUCUAGACCGCGAUCUGUUGCUACUCCACCAGGUCGGCUCCUUCCAGCUCUUUGUUGAUGGAUACAAGGAUGCAGAUUUCUGGCUGCGCCGGUUUGAAGCGGAGCCUCUGCCUGAAAACACCAACCGGCAGCUCCAGCUGCAGUUUGAGCGGCUCGUCGUCCUCGAUUACAUCAUCAGGAACACAGACCGAGGGAAUGACAACUGGUUGCUGAAGUAUGACUGUCCUAUGGAUCCUGGGAAUAGGGACACCGACUGGGUGGUAGUAAAGGAUCCCAUCAUCAAGCUGGCCGCUAUAGACAACGGCCUCGCCUUCCCCCUCAAACACCCCGACUCCUGGAGAGCCUACCCCUUCUACUGGGCGUGGCUCUCCCAGGCCAAAGUUCCCUUCUCCCAGGAGAUCAGAGAGCUGGUGCUGCCCAAACUCUCCGACCCAAAUUUCAUCAAAGACCUGGAGGAGGAUUUGUACGAAUUAUUUAAGAAAGACCCCGGUUUCGACAGAGGACAGUUUCACAAACAAGUAGCCGUAAUGAGGGGGCAGAUCCUGAACCUGUGCCAAGCCCUGAAGGACGGUAAAACCCCCCUGCAGUUGGUCCAGAUGCCCCCGGUCAUCGUCGAGACAGCCAGAGCGCCUCAGAGAGCCAACAGCGAGUCGUACACACAGAGCUUCCAGAGCAGAAGACCCUUCUUCACCUGGUGGUAGGAGCAACGGAGAGUGAAGAGAGGAGGAGGAGGAGGAGGAGGAGGAGGAGGAAAAGCAGGAUGCCAGAGCGAGCAGCGUCGACGUGCCAACGGAAGACGAGGCAGAAUCUGAGAGCGCAGGUUUUUUGACCCCUGGAAAAAAAUGAGAAUAAUGAUCACCCUCCCCCGCCGCUCCUCGUGAAUAUUUUGGUGACCGAGAGCGAGCGGGUUGAGAGAUGAGGCCAAAAGAGGACGGAUUUUUGCAACAUAUCUUUUCUGUUUGCUUCUGUGCCUUGCAUGGAUGUCGGUGAAGAGUUAACGCCUAAACGACGAGGACUCUGUACCCUCGCUGCGAAAGUGAAUUUCAGUGAGGUGUCACACUUUCCUUUUUUUCUUUUGGACUCCUGGGUCCCGGGUGCACACGCUCGCCAGUCGAAAGCCACUCAUGCUUUGCUUUUGGACGGGAGGUGUUGCAUUCCACAUUUAAUUUGUCUUCAUACCGCUCUGCCUUUUUUAAAAAAUCUUCCCCUGUAUAUUUCCUCUCACACGGUUAAAACUCUGGGCUGGUGGAAGCAGUUGUGCCACUCGGGAGGGGGGGGAAUUAGCUUUUAAAAAAAAUAUUUUUUAACAAAUAAGAGAAGUAUUCAUUGUGGUUUUCAGCGUUGGAGAUUCAGGAACCGGGCUCUCGGUGCCGUGUGUGUUCUUACACAGGGAACACAUGGGAACUGGUUUCACAGUUCCUCGUGGCGCCACGUAGCGGUUUGGAUUCGGAUCCCAGGAGGUCUGAGGCGAUGUUGGAAAGCAGAGGCACUUUGGGUGAAAGACACGAUGUUUGUUAUUCUGAGAUAAGUAUGACUGGCUCGCUUGAUUUUUUUUUUUUUUCCUUCUUCCACCGAUGAGUUAAAUCAUUGGGAUAGAAGACCAGAUGAUCCCUCGUGCGAGCGGGCGGAGGCGGAGCCGGUGACUCCCAGACUCGGCCAUGUUGAUUUCUGUUCAUUUUCUGGCUCGCGGGUUGGACCUGAGUAAACAACAAAGUAACUUCCUGCUGUACUGAAUUGACUGAUGAAAUGUAUCGUGACAAUGCACUGUAUAAUUUGUAUGUAAUAUUUAAUGAUAGAUUAUAAUUAAAACAUAUUCCAUUAAUACAGA